UGGUAAUGCUGUAUAGUCACAACCUACAAAAGGUCUCUAGUCUAGAUUGGCAAAGAAUGUUUUGUAUAUUUUUUCCCAGUAGUGCUCACGUUGGAAAUCCCUCCUAAGACAAGGUUGUCCGCUAAUGUUAUACUCGACGUUUGGUGAUGUUGAUGCCUUUGGUGUUGGAGCAUGUGUUCACCUGCUCUUCUAAAACACAUCUACAGAAAUGAGUAACAACUCUGCACGAACUGAAAUGGACCUGGUGUUUGGAUCAGCCAAACCCUAUGGGUCAUCCAGAAGUAUUGUGAGGAGGAUAGCUACUAGUCUUCCUCUUAAACCAUGUCCCAGGGUCCAUUUUCAGCUCUAUCCUUACACUGAGGAAGCUGGAAUCCUGAUUGGCACUAGGAGGCAGAAUUGUCUAGUGGCCUCUCUGGCUGAUAUUGCCUGGAUUGAGAAGGAAGAAGAGGGGGAUGAAGACCACUUUGGCAGACCUAGGUCAGGGAUACCACCAGGACUCGUAUUUCGAGGCCGCCAGCCUCAUCCUGGAAGAAAACCCUUAAUCCGCCAGAGAUCACUUCCCAGCUUACAUCAAGGUGGUCAUGAUCCUCAGGGAGCAACACUUGCAAACGAUGAGGCCAUUCAGAAGAUCAACGCUCUGGAGACCGAACUUGCCAAGCUCAGAAAUCAAAUAGCACAGAUUGUACUGGCUCAGGAAAAGAUUGCACAGCCAGCUGCUACCCCAGGGGCACCUCCUCAACCAUGCAGCAUUCUACCUCCCCCUCCUCCUCCACCACCACCACCACCACCUCCACCCCCAAGUCUCCAACGAAGUUUUUCAGCCAUUGAGUUGAUAAAAGAGCGCAGAGGGAAGAAGACAGAUGGACAGGGUGUUUUGGACUCAAAGCCAACAGAAAUCCCCAACAUGCUGGAUGUGUUGAAGGACAUGAAAAAAGUGAAGUUGCGAUCAGUCAAAAGUCGUCCGGUGGGAGAUGAUGCCAAAGUUAAAUCCAGCACGCCUGCAGAUGCUGCAGCACUCAUCGCUGAGGCCCUGAAGCGCAAGUUUGCCCAUCGACAUCGACACAAUAGUGAACAAGAAGACAGAGAGGAUCCCAAACUUCCAGCUGCAGACCUAAAACCUCAAACUGGCGGCCCUUUGUUUGGGCAGCACAUGUUGAAACCAACUGGAAAAAGGAAGCUGCUCUGAAAAUGACCCUGAGCUUGAUGUGCAGACGUUUUGCAGAAAGGCUGUACCAACCUUUUUAAUCUCGGCUGUUUCUGAUGAAGGACAAGAGAUUGUGCCGAGACUAGGUUACAGGCUGCACCAUCCAAUCAUCUCAUAAACCGUGUGUUUUUGCACUUUUAGAACUUAUAUUGGUUUUCCAUAUAACAAAACAGUUAUUUUCAAGGAUGAGGCCGGUGAUUUUCUAUGUUUGUGUUAUUGUUAACAGCCCCCAAGCGUCAUAAUGUCUCCUGUGGCAACUUAUCCAUUGUGAACUUAAGCUGUUAAAUAAGAGUGUAACGAAACGGAGACCAGACUAAUAUGAACUGUGAUCGUUGUUGUUGUAAGAAGAUCAGUCACUUGCUUAAGCUUUGAUCCAAUGAAGUAACAACUGUUGAGUUAGUACUGCAUUCAGGGAUCCUAACACAGUUACACACCUACAGUUAGAACUUCGGACAUUUUUAAAAAUCACCUGCCUUCUCCUUUAUGUGACUCAGUGAGUGAAAGUGUCUUGUGCAUGUUAAAGCAACACUAAGCAUUGUUAGUUAAAUAUAGUUAAAUAAUUUUGUGUUGUCUUGCACAUAGUGCAGUUGGCCAGCCUUGAAAUUCUUCUACCACAGAAGAAGGGGAGCACUUUAUUUAGGGUUAUUGUUAUUAGUGUGUGCUAAUUAUGUAGAGUAAUUUAUUUUGGGAUCCAUCUAUUUAUGUUAAGUAGAUAUGUUUCAUUUUAACAGUUAUGUGAUGAAUCUGUGCAAGUUAAAUUCCAGAUUCAUUUUCCUUGUUGUUCCUGCUUGUUUGUCUUUUGCCGGCUCAAAUAUAUGCAUGUGUUUUAGUUGACACUUUUUAUCUACUAAUGGCAAAGCACUUGAACCUGUGCCCCAUCUGGCCAAAUUAAGUCUUUUGUCCUCUCUAGACUGCUUAGUGCGGAAACAAUAGUGUAACUGUUAAGCUUCAUAAUGGUCCUCAGCAUUAUCAGGA